AGAGAGAGAAAGCGGCCACAUGACAAAUAGAAGUGAGGUCCCAGGGAGCGGAGAGAUCUGCUUCCUGUUUUCAGACACAGCAGCAGCAGCACCGUUAGUUCCUUCUCAGUUCUCGCAGGAACAGGCGGCGUGUGUUACUUCUGUCCUACGACUAAAAGAACAAAACAAAAAACAAACUAUAUCUUCAACUGAAAAACGCUCAGUAGGACUUCAUCGCUUGGACCUCUUCAUGAUGAACGUGUCCCAGACGAUAGAGACAGAGGAGGACCUCCUCACAUGUCUCCACGUCAAGUUUUACCACCCACAGCAGAGUGUCAGGCCCCUUUACGUUUCCCUCCCACUGAGGACCAGGUGCAGGCACCAAGGCAGCGACCCGCUGAGGUUCGGCCGCGACGCCCAGGCCUGCACCUACGGCCUCAACGACCCCCGGGUGUCCCGCAAGCAGCUGGCCCUCCAGGCCUACCGGACGCCCCGGAGCCCGGACAUGCUGUUCUCCGUCCAGAACCUGAGCGAGAGGGGCCAGCUCUCGGUCAACGGCGCGGCGCUGGGCUUCCUGGAGAAGGCGGACCUCCCCAACAAGGCGCUGGUCCGCUUCGGGGAGUACGAGGUGCUGAUCGUCCGGGAGCCCGGCGAGGCCCGGGCGCACUUCGAGGUGGAGUUCGAGGUCCUGACGGUGCCCCCCUCCAGGGAGACGUGCGGCGUCGAGCCGAGCGCGACCCCCGUCAUGGACACGGGUUCGGGUUUGGCGAACGGCCUCUCAGCGAACGGCCUCUCGGCGUCCGGCAGCGGCGUGACGUCGCCCGGACCUCUGGAGUCCGACGAGACACUUCCAUGUUCCUCGUGGUGAACUACGCCUUUAGACCGUCCCACUACUCCUACUGAACUUUCCUUUGGCAGUUGUUACAUUUGAGUCCCUGCAGGUCUGGAUAAGAUCCCACCGUCUAAUGUGAAAUCACUUUAAAAAGCUUCAUUUACUCACUAACAGAGCAUUUUUUUAUUAUCUUCAAGUGUAAAUCUCAUACAUUUUUUUUAUAUAAAGCUGUUGUUUUUCUGCACUUUCAAAUAAAACAACAUUUUCUGUAACGUUUUCUUCACAGUUUGUGUUCUUCUAACACCCAGUUGAGGUCAAGCGGAUCACAUCUGGAGUAUAAUCCUUCAGAUUAGGUUACAGAAUGGGGGAAAACUGCCCAUUACUCACGCUUGCUUCAAACGUAAUUGUCGUGGAACAAAUCGGAGCCUGUGUAGAGGGAAAACAAUGUAAGGAAUUUGUGUACCGGUGCCCGCGGUAGCUCUAUCGCAGCGUCACCGGAGCCGAACGAGAACAGCGGCAACAAAAGACGUAUGUUAUCUAUCUAGGGCGUCGGUAGUCGGACCGGUCCAGCAAACUUCUACGUGUCCACCCAUUUCCCCAAAAGUCCAGAGCGAGAGAGAGGACGGGUUAAAGGAAAACACGUUCUUUGAAAUGAAACAACUUCACUCAGCAACUUUCCCCUCCCAAAAAAAACAAAAAAAAUAAUUAAAAAAAAAGAGGAACGGAGAAAGUGACUCUCGUUAGAGCCGAGCGCAUCGAUACCUCGUACUGGGUUGAUACUGGCGUGACGAGAUCUUUAUUUCCCACUGUUGUUUACUUUGCUAUAUUUACAUUUUUGUCACGUUGUUCCUUUUUUCUUAUUUUUGCGCUAAUGGCUUUUUUUUUUUCUAAAACAACUGUGUGAAUUGUUUAAAUUUUAUACUGUUAAAUUGUUUGUUUCCCUAAAUAUUUGUCCUGUGUUUUGUCAUGAUCAUAAUCAACAAACUAAAGGGAAAAUUCAAAAAAAUGAUUUAUCCCCAAAGGGCGACUAGUUGGGUGAAGAGUGGUACAUAAAAAUAAGAUAACAAAAGAAUAAAAAAUUGCAAAAGUGGGCAAAAAAAAAA